AUCGCAGCCAAGGAGCGCAAUGCCAUGUCUAAGGGCAGACCAGCGCCGUCCCGUUCAUUCUCACGAAGAACGACGACAUUCGUCGAACCUCAUGCGCCAGCCGCAGAGGAGGGCCCUGUUCGUUCGUUCAUCGCGCUGCCGACUGUCACACGAGAGCUCUCGCCUCUUCCCUCUUCGUCUGAGUCAGACGAUAUUUUCCUCUCGCCGCCAGGGAAGCGUACAAGACAGCGGAGAGGCCGCCCACAGCUGCUGACCCAGGAGAGGAGGUCAAGGAGGGAUCAUCGGACAGUGUUUCGCAGCCUGCGCGACGCCCGCAUUUAUGAGGGUGCGGCAUGGCGUCUGGCGUUCGCCCUGUUGCCGCAUUUCCAUCGCUCGGCACGGUGUGCGUGGAGUGCACUGCCCUUUUGUAGCCCUCGCAAGAAGACAAGCCGGCACUGCAGGGAGCCCGACAGGGAGUCGCUGCCCUUCGUGCUGCUCGGUUUGGCGUUCAAGACUCUGCAGACGGCAUGGGCUGACCUGAAGAGGGCUGGCGUUGCAGUGAGACCACAUCUGGAUAGGCGGCUGGAGGGUGGGAUGGCAAAGGCGCCGCUGGUGCGGACACUUCGGCGGUUGGUGGAACGGACGGAGGGAGAGGUUUUUUGGGUGCUCGAUGGCUGCGAGAAGACGCGAUUGAAAGAUCAGGUGAGGCGGCGGAGAGGGAAAGGUGCAGCACCUUGAUCCAUGGACACGUGCCUUGCCAUUGUCUGCAUGCAGGUAUCUGUGCGUGACACACUUCUGAGUGAGGCUGCCGGUCGCUUUGCCGAGUGGACAGGGCGCUUUGGGCGGGUGGCUGGCUGUCUUCUCCUUCGCUCUGUGCUGCUCAAGGCCACUCUCAAGCUGCGCACUGGGGCCCUGACUAUAUUGAUGAGGCACACGUGGGCUCAGCGUGGGAGCAUCAUUACGACGGCGCGGACGGACGAGCCCAAGAGCAGCAGGAGCCGGGGGCAGGGGCUGAGGGAUCGCGCAUUGCCCCUGGUUGAGGGGAGGGUGCCCAUCCCUCAGUCGCCCGGUGAUCUGCACCCGCGGCUUGCUAGCAGGAUACUCUCUCAGCUCGGUCCUCGCAGGCAGACGGACACCGACGGGUAAGGACAACAGAGCAACACACUGGCGGGUGGUCGUACAUGGUCCGCCUGCCCCAUGUUGCUGCAGGUCUCCGGUGCACAUCCGCCCCGUCCCUGGCCUCGACCCUGCCCCGUCAUCUCCCCCAGAUGUCCACACCGUGCCCAAGGUCCGCCCGUCAUCCUCUUCGCCCCUCUCGCCACUUCCCGUCCCACCUGACGUGGGCAUGCGGCUGAAGGUCUCUCCCCGCCUGACAACGCCCCCGCUGACCCUCGGCCCUCCCAUGAUGGAGGCGGAGAGGGAGUCGGCCAGGAGGGCGCUGAGGAGUGGCACAUCGGGGUGGCCCAGCUGGGUGGCCACAUCGGUCGGCAGGAAGGAGGAGGCUGUGGCGGUGAGUGGAAAAAGGGAUAGAGGGGCUUGCUUGCUCACCACGACUGGAGCCACGAACGACGUGCAGACAGGUGGGACAGUGGACAACAGAUUCGUCCGUCUGUGCAGCACGAAAUUACUACCCCUUCUGUGUGCCUCUAUCUUCAGGUUGUCAUCAGCGACUUGGCCCAUCGACGCAACGGUACGGCGACGAUGUGCAGCAGCCUGUUGCCGGCGUGUCCAUCGAGCCUCACCCAGCACGGUUUCUCCCAGAGCGUCUCUUGCAGAAAGGCCUCAUCUACACCGACUCUCGGCCCCCAUCACCAUCACCACUGGUGUCCUCGCGCCUCCCAACGGCCCGCAAACCGCUCACAACAUCUGUCCCCUUCUCCCCCAACCUGAGCGAGCCGCCAUUGACUCUCAGGAUGGUCAACAGACCGCUUGCCGCCAGUCCCGCCCCCAGUGAGCCUAUGCGGCCGCUGUUCACAUCGCUUCCCUUGUCUGUUGGCCGGCGACGUGUCGACGGUGCGUCGCCUAGGCGACUGGAGGACAAGGGUGUGUGGGGUGAGGGGUCGCCGUCGAGGGCUGGGCGGAGAGACGAGAGGGCAGAGCAGAGCUUGCGGAUGAGCUGCUCGGUGAGGAGCGAGUUGUAGACAUGAUGAUGAUGAUGUCAACUCAUGAAUGCAUGUGUGCGUGCGCAGAUGGUGAGUGAGGGUGGGAGUGGGGCUGGGUGACUCGAUUGGAUUGCACUGACUGGGACGGACGGAUGACAGACACUAUUGAUUCAAUCA